GGCAGGAAGGGUGGAAAGGGAGGAAGGUAAGGAGACGAGGAUCGGGGAUGAAGGGGAGGAGGAGGAGGAGGAGUAAAUCAGUGCUGGUGAGUCUCAGACGCGGAAGAAGAAGUAGCCCUGUGAGGAGGAGGAGGAGGAAGAAGAAGUAGAAGAAGGAGGAGGAGGAGGAACCCCCUCCGGUUUCUCGUAACACUUGUUGAAUAAUAUUUGGUCUCCGUCGCUGCGGCGGCUGUUCGGACGUCUCCUCUCCCGGUUCCUCGCGUCUUUCUACCGGCUAUGAGCGCUUCGACCCCCCCAAAAAGAGCAACCGACAACACAGAAGAUUUCCUUCCGCCGGACACAACAUCCAGAGAUCGCUAGUUCAUCUCUUAUUCAUUCAGCGGUACGCAGCGCCGCGGGGUGGCACCGCUGUCUCCGGGCGGAGGGACUCUGAUCUCGGCGUGGUGGACGUCGGCGACGUCGAAUGAAAAAAAGGGGUUGCUGGCUCUCCUGGAACUCCCUCACAUUUCUCUCUCUCUUUCGUUUUAAGGAAGGUGAAGCAAACGAUUAGUAUUUCAGGGAGCAGCUCCGGCCCGAGAGAGAGAGAGAGAGAGAAGGCCGGGGAGCUGCGGGUCCACACGCCGAGCGCUGAGCCCUCUGCGCCGGGCGCUACCGAUGGGACCAGCCGGCGUGGAUGACUCUUAACCGGGUGUCGGAGAACUUACCUCGUUAGAAUCCCCUUGUCGUGACCCGACUGCCUACUCUGCAUUUUGAGGACCUGGAAUAUAAGCUUCUGGGGCGGGUGGGGUGGGGGGCUCCGGGACAAACACGCCGAGGACGGCGCACCGUCGCCGGGCUGCUGCGCCGCCGUGUCCGGCCCCGUGGGGGAUGUCGCGCUGCCGGAAUAUUUACUAAAGAUACCGUUUUUUCUUUUUCUGCAUCUCCUCCACCACACCUGGUUUUGAGUUUGAGUGAGUGAGAGGACAUGGCGGACUCCGCCAGGAACCGACCACCGGACUUGGACGCCGAGGACUGCCGGAUAGCGAGCCCCUCGUCCGGGAAGAAGAAGGCGCAGCAGUCCCCCGGUAUGCGGCCCAAGUACCAGAGCUCCGCACCGGGCCACUGCCUGAAGAGGGUGACCCUGACCAAGCCCACCUUCUGCCACAGCUGCAGCGACUUCAUCUGGGGGCUUGUUGGCUUCCUGUGUGAAGUGUGUAACUUCAUGUGUCACGAGAAAUGCCUGAAGACGCUGCGUUGGGCCUGUUCCUGCAUGACCCCGUCUUUGGUCAGGGUUCCCAUUGCUCACUGCUUCGGACCCGCCGGCCAGAAGAAACGUUUCUGCAGCGUCUGCAGGAAAUUGACGGAAGGGAACGGGGCGCUGCGCUGUGAAGUGUGUGAGCUGCAUGUCCACGCAGACUGUGCCGUCUUCAGCUGUGCUGAUUGUCGCAGUUCCCACCUGGACGAGACUCUGGAGCAGGAUACGUUUCACCACCACUGGAGGGAGGGCAACCUGCCCUCGGCGGCCAGGUGUGACGUGUGUCGGCGUUCGUGCGGCUCGUCUGAGGUCCUGUCGGGGAUGAGGUGCGAGUGGUGCGGCGUCACGAGCCACGCGUCGUGUUACCUUGGCGUGCCACCAGAGUGCACCCUGGGACGUCUGCGCUGCAUGACGCUGCAUCCGGACCGGGUUCGUCUCCACUUCAGGAACUUCAGCAAGAUGCACUGCUACCGCAUCGCGGAGAGCUGCAGCCAAGAGCUGGAUAACUCAGACGAUGUGGAUCAGACUGCUGCUGCAUCUAAAGAGGGUCCAGAGACAGGUAAACAGCUCAAGGUGUACGAUGGCGAUGAUGCCGUAAAGCGUGGCUCCUUCCGAUUGGUUUCCAUCAUGAGAGCCACAAAGAACGAGGAAGUGGUGGAGGCGGCGCUGAGGGCCUUCUACCUGCCGGACGACCCUCAGGACUUUGAGCUGAAAGAGGUCAGCUACACGCAUCGUCUCCAUAGCGAAGACAUCCUCAACCGCAACGGCGGUACUGAUAACCGGGGGGGCUCCCUGAAGGACGGAGGCGACGCCUGGCUGCUGAGGGCAAAACUCCGGGACACCGAGGUCAUCAAGGUGUACACGGCCCGGCCCAGGUCGGGGGCCGCCGUCGUCUCCGUCUCCGUCUCUAAAGAAAGCACGGCAGCAUCAGUCCUCUCCGAGGUCCUCCGUCUGCUCCAGAGACAGGAGGAAGACGCCUCCAGCUUCAGCCUGAUGGAGGUCUACAUGAGCAGCAAGCAAGUUCAGAGACAGACGCUGACUCCUCAGGAGAAGAUUCAGGACAAACUGCAGGAGAUCAGAAAGGUGUCCCUGCGUCAGAUGAACCAGACCCGUUUCUACCUGGUGGAGGACAGGAAGUCGGUGGUGCAGGUCAGCCUCCUGAUCGGAGGCCUGACCCCGCUGCUGAACAGAGAGGAGUAUGUCCAGCUGAUCCAGGAACAGCUGAGCAUCAAGAGUCAUCUGGUCACCCUGAGCCACGUCUACCCCACUCAAGGUGCGGUGGCGCUGCAGGUUUCGUGUUUCUCUGAAGCGGAGAGGAUCUACAUGUUGGCUAAAGACACCAGCGUGAACAACAAGACGUUGACGUCGCUCGUCAUUGCAGAGAUUGAGUGUGUCGCGCCGAGAGAGGACAUCUGUCCCCUGCUGGUGUUCGUCAACCCAAAGAGUGGCGGCAUGAAGGGCCGAGAGCUCCUCUACGCCUUCAGGAAGCUGCUCAACCCUCAUCAGGUCUUUGACAUUUCCAACGGAGGGCCGCUGGCCGGCCUCCACACCUUCCGGGAGGUUCCCAAGUUCCGGGUGCUGGUCUGUGGGGGGGACGGGACCACCGGCUGGGUGCUGGGGGUGCUGGAGGCCAUCCGGCACAAGCUAGUGUGUCGGGAGCCGCCCAUCGGCAUUGUACCGCUGGGAACAGGGAACGACUUGGCCCGAGUCCUGCGAUGGGGAGCCGGCUAUGGCGGCGAGGACCCUCACCACAUCCUGGUCUCUGUGGACGAGGCGGACGAGGUCUUGAUGGACCGGUGGACCAUCCUGUUGGACGCGCAGGACAUCUCCGAAGACGGCAAGGAAAACGGCUUCCUGGAGCCCCCUAAGAUCGUGCAGAUGAACAACUACUUCGGCCUGGGCAUCGACGCAGACGUCAGCCUCGACUUCCACCAGGCCCGCGAGGACGAGCCGGAUAAGUUCACCAGCAGGUUCCACAACAAAGGGGUGUACGUGAAGGUCGGACUGCAGAAGAUCAGCGCCACCAGGAGCCUCCACAAGGAGCUGCGGCUGCAGGUGGACGGUCGGGACGUCCCGUUGCCUCACAUCGAGGGUCUGAUCUUCCUCAACAUCCCCAGUUGGGGCUCUGGUGCCGACUUGUGGGGGUCGGAGGUUGAUGUUCGCCACGGGAAGCCGAGGAUCGACGACGGCAUGCUAGAGGUGGUCGGCGUCACCGGCGUCGUCCACAUGGGCCAGGUUCAGAGCGGUCUGCGCUCGGGGAUUCGCAUUGCUCAAGGGAACUACAUCCGGCUGACGGUGAACAAACCCAUACCUGUGCAGGUGGACGGGGAGCCGUGGAUCCAGCCGCCGGGACACAUCAUCAUCUCCGCUGCUGGACCGAAGGUCCGGAUGCUGAGGAAGUCCAAGCAGAAGCAGAAGAAGUCCUCGGCCAGCUCGAAGGACAGGCGCGCUGAGAGUCCGUCCUCCAGAGAAGGAGGCCACUGACCUGCCUCGGAAUCAUCACCCGGCGUCCUGCUGCCAGAUGGGGGGGGUGGGGGCGGGAUUUGUUUCCGGCGGCAGGCUGUGAGGCAACUCGUGUCGCUUCGGUAGCGACGGCGAUGAGAUGCGGGUCAAACCGGACACGGGGGGGACGCUCAAUGUUUACUGGCUGCGCGCGCUGGGAGGAGGUCCUGGAUCGCCUCAAUUACCGUCCAGUUGGGAUCACAUUUUCAUCCUGCUGACCAAGCGUUUAUCACUUAAAGACUUCACGGUUAAUAUACAGCAACUGUAACAGCAACGUUUUUUUCUUCUUUUAAAAACGCAAGAGUAACAAGUAAUUAUCAGAUUUGAAAUAGGAAUUCUGCAUCGAUGGAGAAAGAGAUGACAAUUUCUCAGUGUGGAUAAGCUUCAGUUUGAACAUAAAGAAUCUAUGACAGUAUUUAAAAGAAGUAGAUUCUGUCCAGAUGUAACUGUAUUUGUACAGUAAGUAGCAGUGUCAGUUGAUUAAUCGUAAUAACUUUAGUUGUGGAUAAUAUUGUGCAGCUAUAAAGUGUUCAUAACCUCAGUCAUAUUGUCAUAAGAGGAUAUGAAGAAACAGCAGAACUCCUGACGACAGGCAGUUUCUUUCAGAAGCUGCAACCACAUCAUGUUCAUCUAAACCACAGAUCUUCCAGGAGGCUAAUUAAUAAUACUUCCUCUUCUGUGAAAAUUGUUUGUAACAUUCAUGCUGCGAAAAGUCAAUGAGCGCGUAACAUCUCUGAAACCCCAAUGUGUAACUGAAAGGGGUCAAGGGACUUGAAACCAACACAUAAAAUUUAGAUCAGUCUGAGCUGUGGUAAAAAGUGUAAACGUAGAGAUAAACUGUUGGUUUCCCAGCAGAUGAAAAGUGGGACACUUUUAAACUGAAUAAUUUUGCACAAGAUUAAUUUAAUUAAUCUUUUGUGACGUGACAACUUAUGACCAGACGGUGUCUUUUUAGCAUAUUAGAAGAAUUUUAGAUAAUACAUCUUGUGAAGAAAAAAAAACAGCAAGAGAGAAGAGAUAACUGUAAUAGAUUUUAGUUUUUUAGCAUAUGGCUAAUAUGAUCUUAUCAAAAGUGACCAAGUGAGCAGCCUUAUUUGAACAACUUUAUUUAGAUUGACUUUGAAAUCCUGACAAUUAUCCAUACAAGUUAUAAGUUACAAAAGAUUUGCUUUUAACGUUCCUUUGAACAGGGUCAACUCUAUUGGUCCGAAUCUGAUGAAAAGAUAACAAAAACUACUAGACGGUGUUUGUUUUAGUUGAUGCUAACAUGCUCCGCUCUGACGAUUUGACUGAAUGUUUUUCUCUGGAAGCGGUUAGAUUGUGGACUCUUAUUAAGCCUAGUUUAGUUGAGCGGUGCAAAUAGAUUAAGACAAAGUGUUGUGUUAGAGGUUGUUGUGCCAAUGUGGUUUAAAUUAUACAUUUGCUUGAAGAAAAGAUAACUUGAAAGUUAGCUAUCUUUCUACUGUGUCAAAACAAAACUAGAGAUUUUACUACAGGAAGAAAAGAAAAUUCUCAUAAUCAAGCUACGUUACUAGCUUUGCUCGCUAGUAUCCAUGCUAACAAAAUUGAAAUGAAAUUUGUUUUAUGGGAUUAUAAAAAUGUAAAUCAAAGUUAUAUAUAAAUAAGAUAGGGUAUGAAGUGUGGCAAUGUGUCACAGCUAGAUCCAGCCAAUAGCUAGCAGGCAGAGGAAUCUGCAUUCCUAACUAAGCUAAACCUGAAACCUAUUAACUUUGCAAGCUAAUAGGAUAGUUCACUAGCAGGCGAGCUAGUGUGUGGUAUUGCCUUAACAAACCUUAUGAGGGUUAAUUACUAAACAGCGGGAACACGUCAUGAUUGAAGAUAGCAACCAAAACAGCUUAGCUUAGCCAGAUGGUUGCUACGUUAGCGUGCCAAUAUAGAAUUAAAAGUGAUAUUCAAAGAUUUACGUGGUGAAAUCCAACGUUUAAAAUGUGGAAUCAACUUUUGGGUACCCCUGAAAUUACAGAUUUAUUUAAUACUUUUUAGCCGGUUUGCAGUAUUCAACAACUUUGCCAGAUCUACAAUAAUUGCCAUAUUUAGACACAACUGUAACUUGUUUACUGCCACGAGAAAACUUGUCAAAGGCUGCGGGUUUUAACCCAGAGGAGGAUUCAAAGAAAUUAAAACUUCGUCCACAUUCCCAGUGACAGAACAUAAAGAAACAUUUAAAGAUAGUAUGCUCUUUAUGUAGCAAAACAGCAUUUGAUUGCUGUUGUUUUGGUUGUAAUAUAUACGUUUUAUUUUUUUUACUGAGAUUAUUUUGAUGUUAUUUGGUGCUAAAAUAACAUGAAAUUCUGUUUGACUUCAGAUUGAAGGAUCUUGUUUUUCUUCAAAGCCUCAAACCAAACCUCAUUCACCACACUUAAAUACUUUGAAGACUUUAAUUAAGAUAACGCUGAGGGUUUCUGGCUUUGAAAGAAAGGAUCAGAUACAUCGGCAUUACGUAACCGUCCGUUAAAGCUGAGCUCCUCAGUGUGAGUAGUUUGAACUGUAUACACCGUCACAGUGUUUUAUUACAUGUAUGAAGUACUGUAGUUCUGAAUGUUGUGUAUUUACAGCCUGUUAUCUCCUCUUUGGUCACUGUCGCUGUUAAAGAAAGUCAGCUGCUGGUUUUACAUGUUAAUACUUUGUGAUCCUGCUUCCAAAUUAUCCUUCACAUGACCUCCUGCCAUCGCUUCACUUAUGUUAAAAAACAAAAACAAUUCUUGAAACAUUUCAAGUUUUUUAUUUGAUUGGAGGUAAUUGUUGGAUCUUUGUCUGUUUCUCAUAGUUGUUGUUUUUAAGUAAAAGCAACAAUGGUAAACACAGGAACUAAUCUCUCUUUGAAAUCUCAAAUUGUGACAAACUGUCAAAUCUGUCUUUAAAUUCCCCAAUUUAUUUUCUAUAAAAGUGCUUUAAAAUCAUGAAAGAUAUAAAAAAUAUCUUUCACGACUUUUGGAGAAGUUUAUCAUCGUUGCAACGUGGCUCCAUCAUUGUUUUACAUGGAGAUAUUCUGAAUCACAACAGAAUCCAAUUGCUUUGAAGUUUAGUCUCCUCUCAAUUUUAGAGAACGGUGCAGCAGAAUAUUGAAGCUCUCUGUAGAUAUUUUCUCGUUUAUCCAAAUCCGUGGACUGUAAAUGAACUACUUCUUCUUUGUUAGUCAAUGUAAGAACAUGUGCAUCUUUAUUCCAGCUUCUCUGUGUCCGUCGUGCCUCGAAGCGUCAUUAAGCCCCGCCCCUCAGGGCAGACCAGGUGGAGGUCUCUCCUGCAGGUGGUUUGUUCAGAAGGUGGUCUGUCGUGAAGGUGGAGGCUUCUUCCACAGGUGGAUGUUUGCCUUCCAGGUGCAUGUUUACCCUUCAGGUUGAGGAGGUCUAUCCCGUGGGUAUGUUAGUCCUUCAGAUGGAUGUUUGUCCUUAAGGUGGAUGUUAGUCCUUCAGAUGGAUGUUUGUCCUUAAGGUGGAGGUUUAUCCUGUGGAUAGAUAUUUGUCCUUCAGCUGGAUGUUCAUCCUUAAGGUGGAGGUUUAUCCUGUUGGUAGAUGUUUCUCCUUCAGAUGGAUGGUGUCCUUAAGGUGGAGAUUCAUCCUGUGGGUAUGUUUGUCCUUCAGGUGGAGGUUUAUCCUGCCGGCAUACUGUUUAUUUUUCAGGUGGAGGUUUAUCCUGUGGGUAGAUAUUUGUCCUUUAGGUUGAGGUCUGUCUUGCAGGUGGAGGUUUGCGUAGUGCCUCAUCAACACAGUCAGUGCUCUGAUGUUUUUUGCGUGUUCCAAGUUUCCGCUUUAUUAAAGGUUUUCUUAAAAAAAUCAAAUGUAUGUUUGUAUUUUUUUUGUUUCAACUGUAAAAUUGCACUAACUGUUAAAUUGAUGCUCUUCAAUGAGGUUAUCCUGAAUGUUGUAACGACUAAAGAUGAAUAUGUAGUACAAAUCUAUUACUAAUAUAUGUACAUAUGUGUUUAAAUAAUGUGUUAAUUCAGAAUAAACUAAAGAACAAAGA